AUGAGCCAGGAUGGAUACUACAUUAGAGAUUCCAUCAUUGGUGGACAGGCCGCGGGCAAAGGUUUCUUCAGCAACAGAGAUCUCACAAGUGGAGAGUCUAUCGUUAUGAUAGAACGUCCACUCAUGGCUUCACUUGAGUCCGAGAGACUGAAAGAUACCUGCGCAAACUGCUAUGUAUGGACCGAGGGCACAUCUAUUGGUUCGAGAUUGUAUGUGAAGGAAGGUGUUACAGUGCAAAUGUGCGCGGGAUGUAAAAGGUUCCGAUACUGCAGCAAGGCAUGCCAGAAAGAAGCAUGGAAGCGCGGCCACAAGUACGAAUGUAAGAACCUAAAGCCGGUGGCCGAAAAAGAGCUACCCAAAGCCGUACUUGGCUGCAUGGAAAUCCUGGUCCGAAGAAAACACGGCCUGAUCGACGACCAGACGUGGCAGCUACUGUGCCAUCUUGGCUCACAUAUCGACGACUUCAAAGCCAAUGGAAACUACGAAGGCAUCGAACUGAUGGCCAUGGGUACCAGCCAAUUCUCUGCCACGCAAGAUACCUUCAACAAGGAUUUUGUCGCUCAAAUGUAUGCCAGAAUUCUGUCGAAUUCGAUGACACUGGUGACUCCGACUUUCGAGCCGCUGGGAAUCCUCAUCGACGCAUUAUUGUGCCAUCUAAACCAUUCUUGCGACCCGAACACGUACAUUGUCAUGGACGGACCGCAGAUGCAGCUCCGAGCACUUAGAGACAUCAAAAGGGACGAGGAACUUUUCAUCUCGUAUAUCGACCCUACGAUGCCCUAUUUGCGACGUCAAAGUGAGCUUGGACAGCGUUGGUUCUUUGAGUGUAAGUGCAGCAAGUGUCUACAGGGUCUGGAUUUCGAACAAGACGGUUGGUCAAGGAAGCUGGGAAGUCUGACAACUCAUUAUCGGAACCUAGCCAACGAGGAAGUCAAGCGUGCUCAGGGUCAGUCUGCAGAGGAGCCAAGCGAUGAACAAAGAGUUGCAACACUACAAAUGAAAGCCUUCAACAUGUACGAAGAAGCACAGCAACAAUCCGACCCAGCCGAAGCGAUUCGCUCCCUCGAGGAAGCUAUCGCCUUCUGCACCCAAUCCAACCUGUGGUCCGUCCAACAGCAACCUCUACCCGCUCUCAGGGACGAACUCAUCGUCAACAUGCUCGCGGUCGGCAACUACGAAGGCGCAUGGCUCGAGUGUGCAAAGCGGCAUCGCCAUGUCAUACCCAAGCUCUACCCUGAAAUCCACCACCCGAUCCGCGUCGUCCAAACCUGGCGAAUGGCGAUGCUGGCACAGUAUCUGGCGAGCACCGGCGCUGAAGUUGCUUCUGGCGCGGACUUGGCACUCAUAGCGGCCAUGCUCAUGAAUACGAUCAACGUCACAUCGACAAUGAGCCAUGGCACGGGAAACGCCUUCACUAAGAGCGUGCAGCAGAAGUUCUCUGAAGUCGAAAGCGAACUACUGGGUAAAUUUGGGUCGAAAGAUGCGAUGAACGCGGCUAUCCAACGACAGGCGAAGCUGUUGUCUGAGAUGGGGAAAUAG